CCCGGGAGGGUGAGCGUCAUGGCGGCUUCUUUUCCGCUCCCAGUGACCCAGGACCUGUCCACGUUGCGUGCCAAGUUGCAGGGACUGCUGCAGUUCCUGAGAGAAGCCCUGUCCAUUUCCAGUGCACAUACGGUGGACUUCUACACUGAGUCCGUGUGGAAGCAACUGGUCGACUUGCCCCCGGAGACCGUGCUGGGGGUGCUGAGGCGGUCAGCGGCCGAGGCGGAGGCUCGGUCCCCCGAGGCGCGCCUCCUGGUGGAAGCCGAGAUGGAAUCAGGUAUUGCCAAUUUUCCCCAAAUAUUUUGUGAAACUUCCCAGAAGCUAGUGAGUGUGGAAGCCUUUGCUUUGGCUGUGAGAUAUUAUUCUGUACAAAACUUGGGAAUAUGUACUCCUUUUGAACAGUUGCUUACAGCCCUUCGAGGAAAUCAAAAACAGAGAACUGGUGAAAAUGUGAAACCAGAUGAGUUUAUGAAUUUGAAAAAGUCUCAUGAAGUUCAGGUUAUGUCAGAGCUGAUCAGCAGUAUUGCUGAUUACUGUGGAAUAAAGCAGGUAAUUGACCUGGGUUCUGGAAAAGGCUACCUAAGCUCUUUUUUGUCCUUGAAGUAUGGCUUAAAAGUUUAUGGAAUUGAUUCCUCAAAUACCAAUACUCAUGGAGCUAAGGAGAGAAACAGGAAAUUGAAGAAACAUUGGAAAGUCUAUCAUACUCGGUCAAAAUUAGAUGGCAAUGGACUGGCAUUAAAAAUGGCAAAAGAAAGGAAAGUGCAAGAUGAAAUUAAAUAUAAAGUAGAUAUUGAGGGAAUAUGUAACAACAGUCCUGCAAAUCAAGGAAAGAUGUCUACCUCGGAUUUUUUGCCAGAUUUUUCGGAUUCUGUAAUUUCUAACAUUAGAACACAAAUGGAAAACCUACAUGUGUAUUCACAUCGAGAAGAAAAUUUGUGUUUUGAAAAUGCCUUUUCUCUUAUAGACCUUUUGCCUAUUAAUGCUGUAGAACCUACUUCAUUGCAAACAUCGAAGAGAAAUAUGUCUGAAGCAAAUAAAGAGAGAAGAAAAAUGAUAUCAAAGUCAAAUGAAUCAAAUAUAUACUCACCUUUAACAUCUUUUAUCACUGCUGAUUCAGAACUGCAUGAUAUUAUUAAAGACCUGGAGGAUUGUUUGAUGGUAGGCCUCCAUACUUGUGGUGAUCUUGCUCCAAAUACCCUGCGAAUAUUUACUUCCCAGCCUGAAAUCAAGGGAGUUUGCAGUGUGGGUUGUUGCUAUCACCUCUUAUCUGAAGAAUUUGAAAACCUGCACAAAGAAAGCACCCAAGACAAGUGGGGAUUUCCAAUGUGCCAUUAUUUAAAGGAAGAGAGAUGGUGCUGUGGUCGUAAUGCCAGAAUGUCAGCAUGUUUGGCAUUGGAACGGGUUGCGGUUGGCCAAGGGCUGCCUACUGAAUCACUCUUCUAUCGAGCUGUCCUUCAGGAUAUUAUUAAAGAAUGUUAUGGCAUCACCAAAUGUGAUCGGCAUGUUGGUAAAAUUUAUUCCAAAUCCUCUUCCUUUCUGGACUAUGCCAGAAAGUCUCUAAAGAAGCUUGGGUUAGAUGAGUCCAAGCUGCCAGAAAAAGUUAUAAUGGACUACUACGAGAAGUACAAGCCUAGAAUGAAUGAGCUGGAAGCUUUUAAUAUGUUGAAAGUUGUUCUGGCUCCUUGUAUAGAGACACUGAUUCUUCUGGAUCGACUUUGCUAUCUGAAAGAGCAGAAUUUUCUCAUCUUAUUGAAUAUACUACAGAAGGAAAAUAUUGCAUGGUCUGCACUUGUGAAGUUGUUUGAUCCUGUGAAAUCUCCCAGAUGUUAUGCUAUUAUUGCUCUGAAGAAGCAGCAAUGAUUUCAGUUGAAGCAAGGAAAGAGAACUGUUUAAGAAAUAAUCUGCCAUGUGAAAGAUGUGCUCUGGUAACCUGUGACCAGAAGGAACUGGAAGUCUCCAAACCUCCCCAGCAGUGAACAUGUUCAGAAGAUGCUGUGGAGGAAAGGGAGGAAAUGAAUACACUGAUCCUCCAUGGGAUAAAACUGGCCUAUCCUCUGACAGAAAAGACUAAUGCCAGGUUUCCUCAGAGAAUAAUGUGUGUGUCAAUUCCUGUUGGAAACAUUUGCUGAUAUUCUGCCCACACCUCCACCGCCACCCAAGUGAAGGUGUCAAGAACAUGAUAUAAAUCUAAAUACUUCACCACCGAACAUGUGAGAGACCUGAGAGAGCAGAAGCCAUUCUAGACGCCACGUGCCUUGACUGACAAAUAGACCAAGCCGAAGUAGUUUAGAUAUCACAUCAUGUGACAUCUGCUUUGUUUCGAUAAAUAAACCUAGAACUGUUAAAAUAUGGCCGAUUACACAUUGAGAUGAGGGUGAAAUAAAGAGAAUGGAAUAUUUUCUGAGGUCAUAACACUCAGUAUUAAUUCUACAAUUUCACUAUAAUUAACGGGCCCAGGAGCAAAUCCUUCUGCUGAUCAGGUUUGAGUUGCUCUUUUAUGGCGACAAAUGAAGCACACCAAGAAAGUAAAAUUUGACAUUCCCUUCAUGGCUUCUUAGAACAAUGCAUGUUGGAAUGAAGCAGAAAAUAGUGGAGUUUAAAGACAAAUUAAAAAAAGAAAAAGAGAAACAGUGACUGAAUCCAUCAAGACAAGAUUCCACUUUUGAAUGUCUACGUGCAGCUCGGCUCUUCCAUUACCUCUGCAUAAUUUUCAGCAGGGAGCUGCUACUGUUAUUCUUUAAUGCAACCCUGUAUAUAAAUUAAAGAUUCUGGCUCCCUCAAGGCAAAUAUCCUGAAUUCAUCUUUACUGAAAGAGAAAAAAAAAAAUUUGUCAUACCUUCUUAAUCCAGAAGAUUGAAGGUCCCACACAGGAAUCAGUUCUUAAUGUCGUCUGGGAUGGAGUCAUAUUGACAACUAGCAGACAUUUUCCUCAUGGAGCAUGGGACUUCUUCUGAGCACCCAGUGGCCGAUCCAUAGAUGAGCUCAUCCUAUGCCUCUUCCAUCUGAGAUCCCUUCUGUCUCUGGGAAGGAGCCCCGCGCUCUUUACUCACACAGUACCAUCACCACUGAACCUGGGGGUACUCCUCUGAUGGUUUCCAUUUGCUGGAACGUUUGACACAGGAAUUGGUGCUUGUACAGAGGUGGAAGGGGGACAGGGUUGGCUGCUGGGGUCAUAGGAGGUGGUGAGGUGGGAGUAAUUAGCUGCCUUGAAUCUACACCUGGCUUUGUUUCUGUAUAGAACCUGUAUCAGUUGGAUCAGUGUGUCCUGAUUCUUGAGAUCUCAACCAUAUCAAAAUGUCAUUUGGCCCAAGUCCAGACUCUGUACUUACAUUUCUAAUGUUCCACCGUAACCAUCUAUCACUGAGACCCAUCACGUUUCCUUUUGAUUACUCUAGCCCAGAAGAAAGCUAAAACAUUUUCUGGGAUCUCUUUUUCCCAGCGGGAGCUCUCUGCUUCAUUCGAGAACAGUUCUCAAACCCUAACCUAAAUGAUGGCCAACCAUUGCCAGCGUAUUUCAGAAAGUGGUUCUCCUUUCUCUGGAAUUUUUGUUUAUGCUAUUUCCUUACUUUCUGAUAUCAUUAAAAAUAUGUGUUUUGUAGUUUAUUUGCCUUUUUGUGGUUUUGCAGUCCACGUGUUGGCUUGCCAUGACCUACUACAUCUUGCCUGAAAGCAGACCUAUUAAAUUUAUUUUUACAUGCUGACAUGUUUAAUCUACCUCAUUAAUGCUUCUGUUCUAUACAGCAAAAGAGAAGCCUGUCACAAUGUUAUCUCUCUGGUGAAGGGACAGAGAUGAGUAUAAAGUCGUGCUUUACAGAAUUUGGAAACAAAGUAUAAUCAUUUUCACUGGUAUGUAUAUAUUUGAAGAUACCACAAAAAGACACAAAACUGUUUUUAAAAAAUUAAAAGCAGACAAAAAGCAAAGUUGAACGUUGUCCAGUAGUGAUGACCUAUCUGUUUUAAUUCAAUAGUGACAAAUUCCUAAAGUUUAAAUAUAUUUCUUAUUACAUAUUCAUACAUUUUAUUAAGAUAUUUAUUUUAUUAAUAAAAUAUUUAGGAAUCUU